CCCUAGGCAGAAGCAGGGUUCUGUUUAUAAGCAUUCAGACCACGCACACACUGCGUCAGGUCGACCCUCCCCAUUUCAGGUUGUGUACUCUGUUAAAACUCUGUACUGCUCUCAUAUAUUAAAAGUGCAUAGUAACCUAAACUGACAAUGCCAACGCAAAGUGUAAUUAUCCGAGAUUCCGGUUUUCUGGCGAGGGCAUUGCAGCAAUAUUUGAUUUUGUUAAAGAAAUAUCCAAUCAUCACCAAAUCGGUUACGAGUGGUAUUCUCUCUGCUUCGGGAAAUCUUCUGUCUCAAGCUUUGGAGUCCAGUAAAAACAACAAAGAGAAUAGCCCAAGAAAGAAAGUCAAUGUUCUGGGACCUGUACACUUUGCAAUUUAUGGACUUGUUAUAACUGGUCCAGUUAGUCAUUACUUUUACCAGCUCCUGGAGGUUCUGAUGCCGACCACUGUCCCAUACUCCCUGAUCAAGCGCCUUCUCUUAGAACGUCUGAUAUUCGCCCCUGCUUUCCUCUUGCUGUUUUAUGGGGUUAUGAAUGCUUUGGAGGGCAAGAAAUUGGAAGACCUUCAAAACAAGCUUAAAACAAGUUACUGGCCUGCAAUGAAGAUGAACUGGAAGGUUUGGACGCCGUUUCAGUUUAUCAACAUCAACUACAUACCUGUACAGUUUCGAGUGCUGUUUGCCAACCUGGUUGCCUUAUUCUGGUAUGCCUACCUAGCCUCUAUCAGGAAAUGAAACCAAAUCUGAUCAACACUGGCAUGAAACCAACUACAAUGGGUGUAAGAUGAAUCCAGUUUGUGCCUUUAAAGAACUGUUGUGCAUCAGAAAUGCACAAAUAUAUUUUUCUGUUUUAAAUGUCUUCCAGAACCACUUGCAGGAAAUAUUUUUCAGUUGCUUAUGGAGGUACUGAAACUGAUGUCAGGAUUUUGCUUGUGUUUUAUUCAGUUAAAGUACAUUAAUUACAGAGACACAUUUAGACAUACUGUAUUCAUUCUACCAAUAAAUAUUUUUGCCUGCUCCUA